UACACAAUUAUAAUCCAUUAUACGCGGCAUAUAACAAAAGUUACAGUAGCUAUCUAGGGGGCAGUGGCAGCCAAUUGGGUUACAAUUAUACGCCCGGCGGACGUAGUUAUCGUUUUUAUAAAUACGGUCUGGGAAAUAGUAGUUAUAACGGUUAUUAUAGUUUGAGUUACGGCGAAAGUUAUUGUCCGAACGGUACAGGCGCAGCACAUUACGGAGGACGGUUAUCGCCGGCAGCUGCACAUACGGCACCACUAUUAGCCACAUCCGCAACAGGAACAGGAUCAGGAAACGGAUCGAAUAGUUGGUUAAAAUUGCCGACGGCACCGCUACCUUUACUGCCAUCAUUAGACGACGAUCUACAAGUUAAUACCGAGCCGUAUCUUAGCUCGUACUGCAGCAGACCGAUAGAUUACUUGCCGUCGCCGGCUGCUUCACUACGUUCGGAUUCAUACGCAUACCGACGACCACGCCGUGAAAGCAGUUAUUAUAAAGAUCCGUAUUAUCCGAGAUAUAGUAGAACUAGAGGUUUUGGUUUUUUAAGUUCUGAACGUGAACGUGAUUUAGAGUGUGAUCGACUGCGGGUGCGUAGUCGGAAUCGUGCCAAUAGCUUGCAACAUAAUCCCACAUUUAUUCGUUCACCCUUACUGACUUCCGGAAGAUUAUCAGCCGAUUGUGUAUCUAGCUCACCGAGUCGACUUCGGCGUGAUCAAGACUAUUUACGAUCUUCAGUGUCGCCGCAACACAGUUUCAAAACGUCGCCACAACAUCAAGAAGGAACACAGUACCAUCCGCAAUCACAUUUAACGUCACGCUAUCACCACAAUCCAAAUACGCAGUCAACAACGCACAGCCAUCAUCAUCAUACACAACACUCCAUACGCUCGCCGACACAACAAGCUGCAUAUUCAACAGAAACACUACAACCCCCAAUACAACCAACCCAACCACAUAAUAGCGUCACUACAGGGAGCGAUCGUCUCUACUACAAUACAACGGCGACGACGACGACGGCGUCGUUGGAUACAUUUAACACGUCAACCAUAUCAAAUACCGCCAGCGCUUCAACACUUCUUCGCCAUCAACAUUCGUUGGGAACACGACACGACGGCAGUUGUGAGGAAUUCAGUCAUAUUCCUGGAAACCUCAAUUGUUUCGCCCGAAAAAGAAUGAUGGUUAGUAAACUGUGGAAGGGAUGUUUUCCAGACAUUACGCCCGAACAUGUCCACAGACAUAAUUUCUACUUGUGCCAAUGGCAGCGCAAUACUCAAGUUCGUAUCGUGUAUUUGUUCUACCGUUGGCUUACAGCUAUUACGUGUCUGGCUGCCUUUGUUUGUUCACUGCUGGAUAUUGGACGCACUGAAGAACAUUUCGAAAACCACUAUGCUAAAUGGUGGAUUUAUUUAACACACUGGGCAUUAUUAUUUUGUACGUUGCAAGCAUGGCUGGCUGCUUGGAUCGUAACGCAAGGCAUGAUGGUGGAACGUGAAGAUUUCGAAUUGAUGCGACGAGCAAAAAAAUCACGUUUACACCAUAUCUAUUGGGUGUUGUAUACGUGCGCCACGGUAUACGCAUUUGUGGUGACAACGAUGUAUUGGGGAUUGGUAUAUGAUCCAGAAGUGCAUAAAAUUGACACAUUAAAUAUAAUGGUUCAUGUCUUAAAUUCGGUUAUAAUGCUUAUCGAUCUGGCCAUCGUGGGGCAUCCAAUUAAACUGAGCCAUGUUUAUUUUACAUGUGGCAUUGGCUUGGCGUAUGGUAUAUUCUCAGGCAUAUAUUUUUUGGCAGGUGGCACUGACCGCAAAAAUCAAGUUGCCAUCUAUCCAACAAUGGAUUGGACUAAACCAGGAAAAGCCAUUAUAACGACGGUUUGUUCCAUUAUCUUUGUAUUUAUAAUUCAUUUUACCUGUUUUUUAAUGUAUCGAGCACGUGUAUGGCUUUUCACAAAGCUUUGCAUACGUAGCUCGAAUCGAUGUGACGGUGAAAUGGGAGAUGGACUGAAUGAUGAUUCGUGUGCCCGUUUGGGGGGCGGUAGUAGUGCUGACUAUUCUCAUCAGCAACAAUAUCCUACUGUACAUUCAGAACAACCGCACCGAUCUCAUCACACGCUAUCCAGCAGUACUACAACGAUACAAUGUACUGCAGAGCAUGUAUAUUCUACAGCACCGGCUCACGGUGUGCAUCAACACAAACAACAACCACUGCAAGCAACACAACAACAACAACAACAACAACAACAACAACAGCAACACGGUAUUCAUAAAACGCACCAUCAACAUCAAUACUCUACACAUCAUCAAUAUCCUCCUCAAUAUGCUGGCUACCAACAGCAGCCUGUAGUAGCCGGAGUGAAUGUAGGUGUGAUUAGCACAGCCGAAAUUUAUCAGCCGCAAGAUAAUAAGAAUAAGCAUAAAAUAGCUAUAGGAACUGGUAGUAGCGGGGUUGGUGGUAGUGGUGGUGGUUGCGGAAUUGGUGAUAGUAGUGUUAAUAACUCGUCUUUGUCAAGAACAGUAGCUCAACUGGAUGCUACUCAACGUGAACAAUUUCUAAAUCCCAAUAAAAUUAUGGAAUUCAAAAUGUAAAGGCGUUGUACCCGGCACCGAUAUACAUUCCAUUUGUCCAUGAAAUUUUUGCAAAGGCAUUGUCAACAAUGCCAAAUAGCAAAACAUCUCGCAGACCAAAGCGUACGAAGUGAACCACAUAGUUUAAUGUUGGAAGAAGAACUCCAGAAAUUUAAAAACUCCUGUAAGGAACAAUGUUAUUAAGGUAAUUACAAGAAAGAAUUAAAAAUUUCGAAUAAUUUUUAAAUUUUUUUAUAAAAACUGCUUCUUA